ACAUCAUCGUGCUGACGCAGUUACAGGGAAGUGAAAUUUUAUAAAAGUUUUCUUAGGCUUGAAAGUUGGAGCAGGGGUUUGGGAAACAGCUGGAAGUUUAUUGUUUUCUGUUCCUUCUCUCUCUGACUGAUUGUGGGAGAUUUUAGAGUCAAUUUCAGGUGCAAGGUGUUUGCUGGAGGAAUGGCGCAGUUGUGGAGGAGCUGUUGUGUUUUAUUUGCUCUCCUUCAGGCAGUCAGCUCUGGCUCUAAGCAGAACAGCUGCCUCCGCUCCUUCUCCACCAGCAGCGGGCUGUCCUUGCUCAGGCAGAGCUUCCAGGAUGGGGCUGAGUUACUGAACAGCACCUUUGUGCAGAAUUCCCAGGAAUGUCUCCGUCAGUGCUGCAGGAUCCCGGAGUGUCACCUCGCCCUCUGGACACAGGCUUCAGACCAGGGGAAACACGCCUGCUUACUGGUGAACUGCCUGUCCCACAACGAGCCGGUCUGCACCUUCACCCCUAAGGAAGGCUCCCAGGCCAGUACCCGCUCCCCGGAGACUCACAGGAACAUCCAGCGGCAGGUGAAUUGUCUCAGUCCGCCAAAGACCGGUCCCUGCCGUGCGUCGUUUCCCAGGUGGUUUUACAACUCAUCCUCCAAAACCUGCAAUGAAUUCACUUACGGAGGCUGCGUUCCUAAUGGGAACAACUACGGGAGUGAGCAGGAGUGCUGGAGUUAUUGCAAUGGAGUCACAGAGCCAGCGAGUAAUUCGGUGCCAGUAGCCAGGAGACGUAUCUCCAGUCUCAAGGACUGCUCCGGGCCGUGUACUGAGGGUCAGUUUCGGUGUGCGGAUGGCUGCUGUGUCUCUCGCCAGCUCCUGUGUGAUGGCACCACCCUAUGUCUGGAUAAGUCGGACGAAGAAUACUGCCGAGCUGUCCGAGAUAGUUACGACCAGUUGAUCAAGGAACCGGACCAGCGUCAGCUGGACAAUGAGAGAUGUACAGCUCCGAAGAAGGUUGGCAGCUGUCGGGCUGCGUUUCCACGUUGGUACUUUGACAUGGAGUCACGGAGCUGCCGCGAGUUUGUCUACGGAGGCUGCAAGGGCAACAAGAAUAACUUUGUCAGUGAGCACCAGUGUCUUGUGGCAUGUGCUGGGCUGAAAGAGGAUGUCCCUGAGCCCCACAAACUCCAGAGUGAGACGGAUGAUAAAGAGUACUGCUUUGCCCCAGCAGUGACCGGUCGGUGCCGAGCGUCCUUCCCACGCUGGUUUUACAAUCCCGCCAGCCUGCUGUGUGAGCAAUUUGUCUAUGGAGGUUGUGGAGGGAACAAGAACAACUAUCCCUCGGAGUUAGAGUGCCUGACCAAGUGCACAGGGAAGACAGUCCCAGUGGAUAACCAGAAGGACGAUGAGGACAGAGAGUCUAAUACCCAGCACCAAGCGGGAACCCCUCGUAACAUUCCUGCCAUUUCGAUGGUGAUCCUGCUCUCGAUCUGUGUCCUCAUCCUGUUGGGUGGAGUCAUCUACUUCAUCGUCAAGCUGACCAAGACAGAGCACACUGUUUCCUACCAGCGAGCACCCCACCAAGACGAUAAGGAGACUCUGAUCAGCACGGUGCAAACCCUGUAAAGAGCAGCUCACUCGUGGGGCUGUGGAGCGUGUGGCAAACAAAAGCGAAAUAGUACAUUUUUACAACCUUUAUCCUCGUGUCUUGUCUUCAGCAUCGCCAUUACAGAGCGCGCAUGUGCGAGAGAGAGAGAUCUCAUCUGUAUUUCUUUUGCAAACCCUUCCCUUGUCUCCAUCCUAACCUUUUUCUAGUUUACUCUGUACUGAUGAAGGGUAGACUUUAGCCAGGCAGUUCCCUGUAAUGACAAGCUGACUGGGGGACGGAAAUUGAAACUGGCACACUGCCCCCAGGGGUGGGGGAGUGUCACUGGGGGGAGGGGGGGCGUGUUGGGGAGAUAUAGGUGAUGCUGGAGGGGUGCUGGGAAGAGACCCUCUGGGUUAGGGGGAUUGUCCCGAGGGGGUGUGGAGUAACCCUGGGGGAUGGGCAGUGUUUGUCCCGGUUUCAUUUCGAGAUUGCAACUGACCCCAUUAUGUGGGAUUAAAUUUGGGAUUUGGGAACAGGCUUUCCCAAUCCUUGUGGUUGGAUUUCCCCUCCAGGUUUUUACGUUGAUGGGAGUGGGUGCGAGCUGGGUUCUCCUGGUUGGUCAGUUUUAGGUGUUGUCUCAAUGUGUGCGCUGCACUGGAUCCAGACUGAGAGCUGCUGGUGGGUCCCAGUGCCUCUGGGAGGGGUCAUCAGGAAGGAUGUGUCCAGGGGUUAGCUGUUAGUUACAGGUUCAGCCCAAGUGAAGAAUGUUUCCUGACUCUGGGAGUUGCCGGAAUUCACCCUUGGAUUAAAUCUGUUUCUUGUUGGAAAUGCCACCAAGAUUAUUAUUUCGGUUCCGUGACAGGGAGGUGCCGGGGUCGGGUAAGUUCAGGCGUCACACGACUCCAGGUUACAAUCCAAUGGGUUUAUUUGAAAUCGCCAGCUUCCAGAGCGCUGCCCCUUUAUCGGGUAGUUUCUGUCGUGUGACUUCGGACUGUUUCCAUUCCAUGUUUUUGGGGGUGGGGUGGGAGUCACAGCUGAUUGGCAGUGUUCACUCUGGAUGUGUUUUUUGCGCCGUCACCUGAGAGAGUUGCGUUUGACCCCGUGACCUCUAAUCCCUUUUUGUUUCUUUGACCCACCUCCUGGGGAACCUGAAACCGUCUCCAGGCAACGGCUUGUCCGAACCUGGGGAGAGUGGGGUUCGAACCUGUGGCCGUCACCUUGUUCCUCGGGUUGGGGAGCGUGGAGCAAGAUGGAGACCGAUUGCAGGAAGUCUCUCAUCCUGGCUGGUCAAAUCGCAAUCAGGUCGGUCCCUCACUCGCCCAAAACGCCAAGGGAAUGGGUCUCUGGCGCAGUUCAGAGCUGGGGGUCUCAGGAUUUUCCAGCACCUCGGAAUGUGGGGGCCAGUGCAGUCAGGACCACUCCAGGUCUGACCUUGGCAACUCUCCCUCCCAACCCUCCUUGGCGCUCUAUCCACACGAGGACUAUAAUCUCCCAAAGCCCAGAAAGAUUGGAGGUGGACACUGCAUAUUACGUGGAUGUCAAGUUGUGCGUUGACCAUUUUCAUGUCAGCGAUGAGCUGAGGGUUUCCAGCCGGUUCCCCCUUUCUGACCGUCCGUUUCUCAAUGUGAAACUGUGUUCCUCUCUUUCACAAUCCCACAUCCUGCUUCCUCACUGCUGCCGUUGCUGUUGGACAGGAUUGAGCUGUCAAUGACUCUGCACUUGAGUAGCUGCCUGUUUGUAGUCCAGGUGUGAGACUCUCUCCAGCCUGGACUUCACACAGGAGAGAAAGCUGUGGGCUUGUGUGUCUGACUGACUCGCUCCAUGUUGGUGUCUGUCAGUGUGCAUGUGUCUCUGCGCCUGGCUGUGUGUGUAGUUGUGUCUCUAACUGGUUCCUUCCUCAGUCACCGCACUGAGUCCUGAAACCGUUUAAACUUCACGCAGUGAGAACACCACUUUGGACUCUGAGGAAUACUCAAGCCUGGCUUCAGUGUUGUAUCUUUGCAGUCUGCUCUCUGUCCCUUGUACUCACAUUCUCUUUCUCUCGCUCGCGCUUUCACACACCUUCAACUCCUGAGCACCACUCUCCAGCUCACACUAACCUUGGGCAGUGUCGUGUAUGUAUGUGACCAUUCUGAUUAGUAAACAUCUGGGUGGGUUUGCACUCUUUCAGUUUUUAUUUUUAAUAAUAAUAAUCUUGAGACUUUUUCUAUUUAAAAUCAUGUGUGGAAUCAAACAAAUCAAUUAUUAAAGAAACUGGAUUUUUUUUUUCCCUUUUUAACUUUUUAGCCUUGAAAUUAUUAUAAUGACCAACCAAAAACACUGAAUGAUAGCAGCAGGAGAAAGCGAGCUUGGAAUUUGUAAAUUGAAAUGUGUGCAUGGUUCGGGCAUCUUUAAUUAAACACUAAUGUUCAGUCUUAAUUCUCAGGUGGUUGGGAAUCUCAGACUGGAGUUUGGCUUCUGUAAUAUUACUUGGAAUAAAAUCUUUUUAGAAGUUUU